GAUUUCCACACGGAUCUUUAAAUAGUGCAGUUGUCAUUUCCGUUGUUGUAAAUUUAUAUAUCGAAGCUAUUGUCAAUCGACAGGCCAUAUGAGAGCCAGUCGGCACGGGGUCAGGGAAUUGCAAGACACCGGAUCAAGCGCUCAUUCUGAUACCGCGAACAUGACAAAAACAGUCACUGAUUACGUAACAUAAUGUGUUCGUAAUGUGAAACGUGGUGUGACAACAUGAUUUGAACAGAAAUAUUGCCGAAUUUUGUGGUGAUUUUAUCACAGUACACAGUACAGGUAACAGUCCGACAAUAUCCACAGCGAUAGAAAGUCCUAUAAAAACAGCACCUACUCGGACUGUUCAUGCUGUGUUACACAAUAUCCCGAAAAUCUACGUCGAAUUUAGGAGUACUUCUUAGCUAACCAAACUUUGGAUUUGUGACCUACUACUAAAAUGGCCGAUCAGGGUGAGCAGUACGAGAAGUCUUGGAUUCUACAUCAUAUCCUCAACAGGUUUAUAGGAAACCGGGAGACAGUGGCCGUCAGGAGGAGGAUGACAAUUCUGCGUGACAAUCUGCACAAUUUUGGCAAUCAUGGAAUCGAAUGGUUUUUCACAGGAAGUUUGGCCGAGGGCCUUGAUAUGGUAAGCUCCGACAGGGAUAUUAUGCUUGUUGACACUACUGUGAUAGUUACGUGUCCUUUUCAUGACUCUAACAAUCCAUCGGACAGCACAGACAGAACAGUUGUUGUAAUGAAAGAGGCUGACAACAGACCUGGUUAUGUGACACUGGAAUUAGUUAAUCCUGAACAGGCACACAGCGAAAGUAUUAUGCUAUCCAUUGUUCCCGUUGGUGAUGUUCUGAACAUCUCAGGUGUUCAUACACAAUCAUUAGCGGAAACGUUUAGUUCUUCGAUGGUGGAAACUCUGAAAACUGUGUGCUCAUUUCCGUAUACUAAAUGGCCACGAGAAGCUAACGAGUGGGUGAAUCGGCCUCGUCUGCAUGGAUGGCCGGAAAAGGCGUUGAGAGAUGAGAUAGUACAGGGCGGUUGUUAUCUUGUCCAUGUGGGGGAUAUAUCGUCUCCUGAUACAUUCCUACAAUGGCGGAUUUCAUUUACAACUGCAGAAAGGAAACUUAUUCAUUCUCUUUCACAUACACAAUUUCUAAUAUAUGGACUUCUCAAGUACAUCCUCAAGCAAAUAUCAGACAGGUUUAAGCAGCAAAUGGGGGAGGCAGAUGUUCUAUCAUCCUAUAUUAUAACAACAGUUAUAUUUCAUGCCGUGAAAAACACGCCUGGUUCAUUAUGGCAAGAGAGAAAUACAUUUGUCUGCUUCUUGCUUUGCUUGAAGAUUUUGAUCGGAUGGGUUCAUGCUGGACAUUGCCCAAAUUACUUCAUUAACGGGAACAAUAUGUUCAAUGGCAAAGUUCACGGUGAAAACCAACAGAAACUUCUUUCAAUCCUCACUGAGCUCCAUGAUAUGAAAUGGGGAUGUCUUUCCGUUGGAUCAGUCAUACGUCCAACAAUAGGAGACAGAAGGCAUCGCGUGAUGAAUGGCGCAUGGGGAUAUCCACUUCUUUCACCAACCAAUUCAGAAAUGAAGAGUGACAUGAAGAUAUUCAUUGAAGCAUUUGCUAUAGCAAUGGUGUGUACACCUUAUGUGGCACUGGCUCUACUGUCGAAAUCAAAGGAAGACAUUGAUGAAUUCGUGGCCUACCUUACCACAGUGCAUGCACUGGCGUUUACAGGAAUAUAUACUUUAGAAAAAACAUAUUUUUGCUAAAGGAAAUAAAGAGAAGUACAAACACUUUAGGAAAAGCAAAAUCCUCAUGACACCAUUUUCCUUGGUGUGCACAAGUCCUGGGCUGAUGACGCUGGCAACAUAUCACUACCAGACUGGAAACUACACGAAAGCACUUGAGAUGUGUGGACAUAUGAUAUCUUCAUUCAAAAUCUGUGUUUGUGAAUUGAGGUAUGUGAAAAAUAAGUUGACGACUCGGUAUGAACAUAUGUAUUGUGGGCAUGGAUACACCCUACUACACAAAUGUCAGGAAGUAUGUGUAUCACUUGUGGAAUUUCCACGAAAUGGUUUACAAUUCUGUCCAUCCCAGUUACACCCCGAAUUGACAAGCACUGAUUCGGAUGAAGUGCUUUCAAUUCCUCCACUUCCCUAUGCUGUGUUCCUAACAUUCCUAUGUUAUCAUGAGCUUGGCGACACGAGAAGACGCGACGCAGCAUUGAUUCACCUUCGAGCCGUGAAGUAUGAAGAGGAACAGGGAGGUGGUAAGCACUGGAUAGUCCACAAUCUCUUGGGGAUAUGUUAUGAAAUGGUUGGGGACACACGCAGAGCUCUCAGGGAAUACAGGGACUCUCUGUGUGUACUUGACCAAUCCAGUAACCCUGCCAGGAAGAGGAUAGAAGGAUUGCAAUAUUCACAGUAAAGAAAAACAUGGAAGUAUUAAUGUAAUUCAGAGACUCUGUCGUAACAACAUCGAUGCAAUAAACCAUAAUCCGUAUUAAUUUGGUCAUCGUGCUUACCAAGUAUUUGUUGAUGUUUAAUUAACCCUAUGAUUAUACUACAGUAUUCAUCGUUCAAUAGAAUAGCAUUCUGUAUAUAAGCAAUGCAUUGGUUUUACUAUUUUUUUAAUGUAUAGCUUAAUAAGGAACAUUGAACAAUAUAUGUUUUCAAUGGUCAUGUACAAAAUUAUCUUUAAUCUUUCAAAUUUCACAUGACUAUGAUAGCAUCAUAUAUGUUUGCCUUUAUUUUGAUUAAAACAAACAAGGUUAUACAUUUCGUAAAAAAUAACAUUGUUCUAUUCGUUAGUUUUGUAGUGCUGUUUGUCUAUAUGAGUUCUAUUCUGGAUAAAAUGUGCUAUUAUCUACAUAAUCUGCUUAAAUUAUUGUUUUUUAUAAGAGAGUAUGUGAAAAAGGGCCAAGACUUGUUAUUAACUCUAAGCAAGUUAUAUAUAUUUGUUGACUGUUAGACGGACAUGUUUACCUGUUUUUGCCGGCUUGAUGAUAUUCAAUUAAAAAUAUCCACAUAAAUUGAUCGGUGUCUUUACGAACUUUCUCCAAUAAUGCUUAUAUUAUAUCGAUACGGCACAUUCAAUCGUUGUGAUUUAUUGUGUAUACGUGUCGAGAUAUAUGUGGCAUUGUUUACCUGAAACCUGUUAGCAUAUUGGGAUAUAAUAUAACAUUUUAACGCGAAAUAAAUCCGCUUUUUCGGAAGUUAGAAAAAAAUCAAUGUUCAUUCACGAUAACUUGAUUUAAUGCUGUCGCCUUUUUUUAGUAUACAUAAUUUGCAUAAGCUUGCUUACUUAUAGAUAGAUUUGUUUGCUUGUCUUGUGUCGGCUCGUUGAUAUCAAAUUUCUGAUUGACUUGGGCAUCUUUGAAAUAAUAGUUCAUGUUAGUUUGUUUGUCAUAAAUAUCAUAAACUAUCGCGUUAUGUAAAAGAAUAUAGAAUGGUAUCGGUGGGUAUCUCAAGGAUCACCAUCAAACUAUACAUUAUGUUUAUUUCAUAUAAGGUGUCUAUGAAUCGGUGGAUGCGCACAUUCGCGGGACGUGCAACUUCAUUGGACAGACACCUGCAAUUGAGAUCGCUGCAUAUGAAUAUUAAAAUACCUUUUAAAUAAAGGUUGAUCCAUAACAACAAUGGGGUCCAAACUCCAAAAAUUUUUUUUUCGAGAAUCUUAAAAAUUCAUCGCCGGCGCUGACAUCGCAUUUAAGUGUAGGUUUUGUCAUAUUUUAUCUUUAGCAAAUUUAUUUCUAUUAUGAUAAGUCCUGUUGAUCGCGUAUAAAUUCAAUAACAAAGCGAGGGUUAUUGAACGUACACAAUCAAUACUAAUUGUAUUAUCUGGCAAUCAUUAUUGGCAUCACCAUUUUAAUUUUCAAUCGGACCUAUCUGGCUUUAUCAAAGAAAUGAAUGACAAAUACUCGAAGAUGACUACACCAGGGCGACUUUUGUUUAGUAGCGACCGCUUUUUGUAUCGUACGCGUGGUAUAUAUACAUAGUUCAAGCAAAAGGCUAUAUAUAAUAACAAAAACGAAACUACAAUACUAUGCGAUUAUUUUUUCUUUACAUCGUGCAGAACGGUCUUUAAAAUUUGCGACGCUGAGAUUGGUUAUUAAUAGAUCUGAAGCUAAACAACCGCCGUUUUAAACAUCUCUUUGAAAUAUAAAACAUGUUUCAAAUCGUAUCUUAUUUACGUGAACUUUGCAAACGUAUUCGUUAUGGUUUAAAGUGUUUCUUCCUUAAAGCGGGUUUAACCAUUUAGGUUAUCGACGUUUGUGACGAAUCAUAAAUUUCGCAAUAAAAAUAUGUGACGUUUGAAAAUCGCGGGCUUCAAAAUUUGGUUGAAAUAGACCGGAACCGAAAACUUCUCAGGGAAGCGUGCAAUCGACUCAAAGGUCUACCGAUUUCAACAUGUGUUUGUCACUCUUUCAACAAGAAAACAACAGUCAGCUUCACGAAAGCUAGGCCUGUGCAAGUCUAGUUACUUCGGUGCAAAGGAGAACCGGUAAGACGAAGAGUGUCUUUGUUUAUCAACGACAAUGCUGAUGAGCCGUCUGAAUACAUGUAUGUACGCGCAUGUAUGGUUUAAAAGUAAGUAUGCGUAGCCUACUUUGUCAGUUCGUGUCUGUGUCACAACAUGACUCAUCCGUCCCCUCUCCACCCUGGUGCGAUUUGCUUCAAGUCAGUCGGUUCAAUCACAGGGGUUCGUUACAAAUGUCUACAAUACACAUAUGCUAUACUGAUAUCGGUCACAGAACACAUAAUGCUGUGAUCCAUAUAAGCAUAUCAUAUUGUGUAUUUCAGACAUUUGUAACGAACUGAUCCCCUGUGGUUCAAGGUGGGAAGUCGAGGGGGAUUCGAUAUUCAUUUAUAUAUCUAAAAAGAUGGCAGGCCAAUUGCUAGUAGUUUGUAAUGUGUUAAGGAAAAUGCAUUGCCAUGCUUUUCAAAUGCACAACAUGUAUUUAGACGUGUUGAAAAAUGUUUCUUUUGACAAGUAAUUUCAUCAGUUUUGUCUCUUCUAUUUAAUUAAGUACAACGAAACUUACAACAUUAAGCAUUCCAUACAGUCCCCUUUACAUGUACAAUGUCUUUUACCAUUAACGUUAUUAUUUCUAAUAUCUGUUCUACCCUUUAAUUGUAUUUAU